GACUCCGCGCCGACGCUAGGAAGUCGUGCCAGCCAAAACAAGUUGCUGCUUGCGGCGUGCGUGCGAUUGUGCCGGUGCGCUGGUUGACAGCGCGCCCUGAUAAGGGGGCUCAACGCGUUCGCCCCCAGCGCUAGGAAACGAAGUUGGAGGAGCUUUUGACAGUCGACAAGCGGGCAAAUUCACUUCAAAGUUCGUUUCAGGGAGCAAAAAGAAGCAAUCAGCAUGGAAGAAAUAAAUGGGGACGAACCUGAAAAGAUCGCCGCGUCUCUACAGAAUUUAGAGAAACUUAUUCGUGACGAAAAGUUGCUGGACUGCCCCAAGGACGAGCGGUUCUUGAUGAAGUUCCUGCAUGGUCGCAAGUACGACGCUGACAAAGCGUUCAAGACUGUUCAGAAAUACUUUACGGCGAGGCAAAGCUACCCUGCUAUUUUCGAGAGUUUUUCACCGUCCAAAGUGCUCUACGACACCAUCUUCCGGGAAAACAAACUCCUUGCUUUGUCCUCAAGACGGGAUUCGCUGGGGCGAGCUGUCAUGCUCGUCAGAACAGGAGCCUGGGACGCCUCCAUCUGCACGCUCGACGAAUUCACGAAAGCGUGCAUGAUGCUCGUUGAGUGGAUGCUUUUCGACGAGGAAGUCCAAAAGCGUGGAGUGGUUUACAUACUCGACUACAAGGGUCUCGGUCUGCACCACCUCACGCAGUACACGCCUUUCGCAAUUCAGAGGAUGAUCCACAUUGCUCAGGACUGCUACCCUGUAAAAGUAAAAGCUGUUUACGUUGUCAACAGCCCACCCGUGUUUGACAUAUUCUUCUCGAUUACAAAGAAUUUCAUGAAAUCCAAGCUAAUAGAAAGGGUUCAGCUCUUCGGUGACGAUAUGGAGAAACUUCGCGACCUUGUUCCCGACGAUGUGAUCCCAAAAGAAGCCGGAGGAACACUGGAGAGCUACGACUACGACAAGCUGGAGAGGGAUAUGCUUAGUCAGAGUGAUUACUUCGAAGAAUUGGACCGCUACGGUUACGGCAAGGAAAGCACUCGCUGCUAGCCCAUCUGUACAUACAUCUGUAUAAUUCCACUUACAAAGUCGCAUAUUUUUCUA